AUGCUCAUGCACCAGAACGCGCAUGCGGAGUGGUGGGCGAUGGGAGCUGUCGACGCUCUUUCUCAUUCUCUCUUUCUACCAGCCUUUUCCGCUAGAGCAGCUACCACGGAGACGCACCUCCCUUCGCUUGGCGCGCUGGCUGUCGUGGAAAAGAAAAGCGAGACGGGCUUCGGAGCAGCAAAAGAGAGAGGAGUGUACAGUCGCAGAGCCCUAUCUGUUUUCCAGUGCAUUCUUUCAUCAGAUGAAUUCACCAAAUAAAGCAAUUGAGUUGCAGUUGCAAAUACGACAAAAUGCUGAGGAACUUCAAGAUUUUGUGAAAGAUUUGGAAUCAUGGGAGAAGGAUAUUAAAGAAAAAGAUCAUGAUUUAAGGCAUCAGAGUGGCACUGCCGAAAAAGAUUUACCUCCAAUUCGGAAUGAAGCUUACAAAAAAAAGAAGAGCAAAGUUAAAACAGUCUCAAAACAAACAAGUGAGAAAAACGAAAAAAACAAGAUAAAAUCUUACGAUUACGAGGCUUGGGCGAAGCUGGAUGUGGAUAAGAUACUUGAAGAAUUCGAUAAGGAAGAUACCACUCAUGACUCAGUGUCAGAUUCUGAGGAAGAUGGAAUUCGCAUUGAUACAGAAAAAGCUCUUGCUGAGAAAGAAAAGGGCAAUGCUUAUUUUAAACAAAGAAACUAUGAUGCUGCAAUAGAAUGCUAUACAAAGGGAAUGAAUGCAGAUCCUUACAAUCCCGCUUUGCCUACAAAUAGGGCAUCUGCCUUUUUUCGGCUAAAGAAGUUUUCUGUGGCUGAAUCUGAUUGCAAUUUAGCUCUUGCCUUAAACAAAAAUUACACAAAGGCUUAUAGCAGAAGAGGGGCAGCUCGUUUUGCCUUGCAAAAUUUUAAGGGUGCCAAAGAAGAUUAUGAAAAGGUUUUGGAAUUGGAUUUAAACAACUUUGAAGCGAAGAAUGAACUAAGGAAAAUUGAACAGGCUCUCUUGUCAAAAGAAAAUUGUCAGGCUGAAGAAACAGAUACCUUUAGGAAAGUAGAAAUUGCAGAAGAUGAACUGAAACAAUUGGAGGAGGAUACAGAUACCUUUAGGAAAGUGGAAAUUGCAGAAGAUGAACUGAAACAAUUGGAGGAGGAGCAGUUGAAGCAAAAGGCUCUGGCAGAAAAAGAUUUGGGUAACAGAUAUUUCAAAGAAGGUAAAUAUGAAAUAGCAAUAGAAUGUUACACACGUGGAAUAGCAGCAGAUGGCACCAAUGCACUUCUUCCAGCAAAUAGAGCUAUGGCCUAUCUAAAAGUUCAAAAAUAUGGAGAAGCAGAGGAAGAUUGCACUCGAGCUGUGCUAUUUGAUCCUUCAUAUUCUAAAGCCUUUGCCAGAAGAGGCACAGCGAGAGCUGCCCUUGGAAAACUAAAAGAAGCUAUGCAAGAUUUCGAAAGUGUCCUGAAGCUGGAACCUGGAAAUAAGCAAGCAAUGAAUGAAAUAACAAAGCUUAAAAAUGAGUUAAUCGCAAAAGGAUUUUUGUCAGACACUGAAUAUUUUGGACUAUCACAGAAUGAAUCAGAAAUACAAAAUCUGGUAAAACCCUUUGAUAAGCCCUUACAUCUGAGAUCAGCUAAACCUUUAAGAAGAAUAAACAUUGAGGAAAUUAGUAAUGAUGUGCUAAGUGCAAAUUUGAUGUCCACCAGAGAAUCUGAGCCUAUUCAAUCUGUUUUUGAUAACCCAAAUAAAACACAGGAAUUAAUAUCUAUUAAGAAUCAAAAUGAAGAUUUUUCUUCUCCAUCUGAGACUCCCAAAGCAAAGCUGCUGAAAAUAGAAGAAAUUGGUGAUGCUUUGUUGACCGGAUCUGUUACCACAAACACUGUGAAAGAAAAACCAUCACUUCAGCCUUGUGCUAUAAAAAAACAAGCUAAGAGAGAAAAAUACAUUAUAUCUUCUGUGUCUGAAGUUUCCGUGCCUCCAGUCCCUGUGAAUUCUUUCCAACUUGAGUCAGAUUUCCGAAAAUUAAAAAAUUACCCCAAUCAAUUGUAUACAUAUUUGAAGCAAAUUGAUCCUUCCCUUUAUCCUAACCUCUUCCAAAAAUCAUUGGAUCCAGAAGUUUUUUGCCAAAUCUUGAAAAUUUUGCAGGAUUUUCAUACUAAGAAAGAAGAGCCUUUACUUAUCCUUGAAAUUCUGCACAAAUUAUCAGAAUCCAAAAGAUUUGAUAUGGCAGUUAUGCUUAUGUCAGAGUCAGAGAAAAAAACUGUACGUUGUUUAUUUGAUCAUUUGGAACAAUCUCAUUUGGAAGAUUCUCCUAUUAAGCAACUCAAGAUAAAAUACAGCAUUUAAUUUAAAGACUUUUUGAAUCUCUGUAUAAAUACAGAUUAUAUACUGCUUUGGAAGGACAGUUCCAUAUAGAUUAUUAUGAUAGAGAAUUUCAAGUUCAUUCUGCUUUUUUGUUAUGAGUUGAUCCACCAUGUUUUGCCUGAAUCUUAUUUAAUUUUUCAUUUUGAAUAUUCUGUAGAAACAAGAUUGACACUUUUACAAUAUCAAAUUCCAUUCUUUAUUAGUUGUGUGUUAAAAUUAUAUAUUUUAUUUGUAUAAAUAAAUUCACAAAUGUUAAAUUAUUUCAAAUCUUUUUUUUAUUUGCAAUAAUUCCAAUAUUUCUUGAAAAGAAUUUCAAGCUUAAACAAGUGAAAAAUCAUUUUUAAAAAACCCUGUAUCUAAUGCUUUCCUUAUUUUUAUUAUUUAGUCUUGGUAUCUUUUAAGAACAUUUGUUUGCCGUUAAAAUUUCAC